CAGGGGCGUUGGCAGCCGGGCGCCGCUAUUAGUGCGGCGAGAGGCCCGCGGGACGCGGACGCCGACGCACAGGUCAUGGCCUCCUGGGUGCCGCCGCAGCCCGCCUCCGAGGCCUCGCCCUGGCCUCUGCACUUGGUGCGCGCGCCCCCGGGGCUGCUGCGGCUGGACCCCACCGGCGGCGCGCUGCUGCUGCUCGGCCUCGCCGCACUGCUCGGCUGGAGCUGGCUGCGGCGGCGCCAGGCGAGGGGUAUCCCCCCCGGGCCCAAACCCUGGCCCGUGGUGGGCAACUUCGGCUUCGUGCUGCUGCCGCCGUUCCUCCGACGGAGGAGCUGGCCGUACCAACGCUGGGGGCGCUCGCCAGGGGAUGUCUCGGCCGUGGGCAUGCAGGUGCUCCUGUCCAACCUGGCCAAAGUAUACGGCAACAUCUUCAGCUUCUACAUCGGCCACUACCUGGUCGUGGUCCUCAACGACUUCCACAGCGUGCGCGAGGCGCUGGUGCAGCAGGCCGAGGUCUUCAGCGACCGCCCGCGGGUGCCGCUUGUCUCCCUUAUAGCCAAGGAGAAGGGGAUCGUAUUUGCACAUUAUGGUCCAGUCUGGAGACAACAGAGGAAGUUCUCUCAUUCAACUCUUCGUCAUUUUGGCCUGGGAAAGCUUAGCUUGGAACCCAAGAUUACUGAGGAAUUCAAAUAUGUGAAAGAGGAAAUGCAGAAGCACGGAACAGAGCCCUUCAGCCCUUUCCCCCUUGUGCACAAUGCUGUCUCCAACAUCAUUUGUUCCAUGUGCUUUGGCCAGCGCUUUGAUUACACCAAUAAUGACUUUAAGAAGCUACUUGAUUUUAUGUCACGAGCAUUAGAAAUUUGUCUAAACACCCAGGUCCUCCUGGUCAACAUAUGCUCCUGGCUUUAUUACCUUCCAUUUGGACCAUUUAGGGAAUUAAGACAAAUUGUAAAGGAUAUUACCAUCUUCCUUAAAAAAAUCAUAAAAGACCAUCGAGAGUCUCUGGAUGUCAAGAACCCUCAGGACUUCAUCGACAUGUACCUUCUUCACAUAGAGGAGGAGAGGAAAAAUGGUAACAAGAGUAGUUUUAAUGAAGAUUACUUAUUUUAUCUCAUUGGGGAUCUCUUCAUUGCUGGGACUGAUACCACAACGAACUCUUUGCUUUGGUGCCUUCUGUACAUGGCACUGAACCCUGACAUACAAGAAAAGGUUCAUGAAGAAAUUGAAAGGGUCAUUGGUGCUGACCGAGCCCCUUCCCUCACUGACAAGGCCCAGAUGCCCUACACAGAAGCCACCAUCAUGGAGGUGCAGAGGCUGACUGUGGUGGUGCCUCUCUCCAUUCCUCAUAUGACCUCAGAGAAAACAGUGCUCCAAGGGUAUACCAUUCCCAAAGGCACAGUGAUAUUACCCAACCUUUGGUCAGUACAUAGAGACCCCGCCAUCUGGGAGAAACCAGACGAUUUCAACCCUAAUCGAUUUCUGGAUGAUCAAGGACAACUUAUUAAAAAAGAAACAUUUAUUCCUUUUGGGAUAGGGAAGCGGGUAUGCAUGGGAGAGCAACUGGCAAAGAUGGAAUUAUUCCUGAUGUUUGUGAGCCUAAUGCAGAGUUUCACAUUUGCUUUACCUAAGGAUUCUAAGAAGCCCAGCCUGAUUGGAAGAUAUGGUCUAACUUUAGCCCCACCACCAUUUAAUAUAGUCGUUUCAAAGAGAAAGAACAUCUCCAAGAAGGGAAUGUAAAUACAUUUCCUUCCAAACAGAUCCUUCCUUCCUUCUGUCAACAGACAACAGAUCCAGCAACACAGCGCAUCCAAGUUAGGCUCUAAUUAGAUACUGGAAAGAGGGUAGAGCAGGAGUUUUCAUCUUGGGAGGAUUUCUCAGCAGGACACCUCUGUCGUUUUAGUAACCCAUGUCUGUGACUUAGGGGAUGGGGACUAAAGUACUGGGUUGGGAAGCAAGAGGUCUGGAUUUUAUUCCCACUGGCAACUACCAAUGAGCAUUUCUUCUCAUCUUACAGUGCCUCUGUGAUUGUGUGUGUAAAAUGAGGCUAACAAAACUUGCCUUCUCUCUGUCAGUGCUAAUGAAGGUCACAUGUCCCCUAUCUUCUCUGACAUCACCCAAACACUGUUAAGUUCUGGAAACACAUUCAGGAAUAGAAGGAAGACCUACUUGUGUAAGACCUGGGACAACAUGGGAACGGUUUCAGACUUGAAUACUUUGUCAGAGAAGAAUGUGGGCAUAGGUUACAAUGACUUAGAGUUUUCUCAGUACAGAUCCUAUGUCAGUUUUAGGGGGCUUGUUUUGUUAUUGUUAUCUUUAUGAUUUGAGUUUUUACUUUUUGUAGACAUGGAAUAAGUAGAUUCUUGUCCAUUAUGCUAAGGAAAGGUUAUAGUUUGAAUUUAUAUGUAUACCUUCUAUUUCAAGGUUCAAGGCCUGAACCGUAGGCCUGGCUGAAGAAGUGGCUUCCUGGCAGAAUUCCUUUCUGCUAGUUGACUUGCAAAUAUGUAGCUCUAUCUUUUGACUUGAGCCCUGAAUAGUGAGCUCAGGAGUUUUAAUACUGGGAUUCAUCAGGAAAGGAUUCAAACUGUACCAAACAUUCCUUUUCUAUUCUGUCUUCUACUAGCCCUAAUGUGUCUCAUCACUGAACACUCUCAGACAGGAAGGCAUUUCUAUUCUUUUUAAGAGAACUAAAUUGUUCCUUAAUAAAGAAGGUCCCUCUAGAAGAGUAGUUCUCAAAAAAAGGUAAUGGCCGCUUUCAGGGGGUAUUUGGAAAUAUACAGGUGCAUCUUUGGUUAUCACCCGUUUGCUGCCCUGAGGCCAGGAUGCUAGAUGUCUUGAGUAGCCGCUUACAGUGAAGAAGUGUCCUGCCUAGUAUGCUAGUAUAUCCCCCAUCAAGAACAUGCUCCAGAGAAUGAUUUGCCCUUUUAUUCUCCCACAGUAUCCUCGUAUGGAA